AUGAGCAAUACGUCUUCGCCCAUCGACAGGGUCCUGAAACCGCAACGGAGUAACCUAUCAAUAUCGCAUAUUCAGCAGCAAGCCGGGAUAUCGGCCGAUCGCUCGUUGACGCCUCCAAUACACCCCCACUCGCCGCCUGCACCGCGUAGCGCAACAGGCGCGUACUUUGCGCAGGGACCGACGCCGCCACCGAAAGGAGUGAUUGGAACGAGUGCGAGUUCGCGGGGAUUGCCGCGUGUGCCGAGCUCGAGGCGCGCGCCGAGUGAUGGCGGAGGCGAUGUGCUGAGGAGAGGAGGGAACCACGCGUCGAAUGCGUCUAUCGGGCAGAGUCACCGAGACGCGGGGAGCAGCACGGCCGGGUCGCCCAGCCAGAGCACCGCGACGCUCGUCUCCACGCCCGGCGCGCCACAUACAGGCUCGCCGCACGUGCCUGCGAAGAUACCCAAGGAGAAGGAUAGCGCGAGGGAGGGCAGGGAGAACCGGCCCGAGCCGAGGGAGAAGGAGAGGAUACGGCACACGCCGCAUCUGCCGCAUGCGAAGGACGCGCCAAGUGCACCGGCUGCGGCGAUGUAUUGGAGUCGUGCACCGGUGUGGGGGACGUUGCCGACGCAUGCUAUGAGGGCGCAUAGUGUGACGCUGGUCGAUAAUAUCGCGUGGUUGUUUGGCGGAUGCGACGAGAAGGGCUGUUGGAAGGAUGUGUGGUGUUUCAACACUGAAACGAUGCAGUGGACGCACCCAGAGUGUCAAGGCGCUUUACCACCACCAUGCCGUGCACAUACCGCAACGCUCGUCGACAACCGCCGGCUCGUUAUAUUUGGCGGCGGCGAAGGACCCGUCUACUACAACUCCGUCUACGUCCUCGAUCUACCCCAUCGUCGAUGGACCGCACCCCAACCCAUACCGAACGCGCCCAUCCCCCCACCGCGCCGCGCACACACCUCAGUGCACUACAAAGGCCGCAUAUGGGUAUUCGGCGGUGGAAACGGAAUGACGGCGCUGAACGACGUCUGGGCGUUGGAUCUGAACGCACAAGGGGAAGCCGUAUGGGAGGAGAUCAAGACGAGCAGGCGAAGGCCCAGCCCGAGAGGUUAUCAUACAGCGAACCUCAUCGGAAACGUCAUGGUCGUCGUAGGAGGGAGCGACGGAAGGGACUGUUUCUCGGACGUGUGGGCCCUUGACCUCGAUACGGCUACUUGGACACAGAUCAAGCCGGAUGCGCAACACCGCCGUUUAUCGCAUGCAUCUACGCAAGUCGGGAGCUACCUCUUCAUUACUGGCGGCCACGACGGGACUGAGUACCUCAGCGACCUACUGCUCUUCAACCUCGUGUCCCUCCAAUUCGAGUCUCGACCCAUAGCAGGCCGCCCACCCGCCGCGCGCGGGUAUCACGCCAGCAUCCUCGCCGACUCGCGUCUAUUCAUAUUCGGCGGGUUCAGCGGACACGACGUCUUUGACGACGUGCAUGUGUUAGAUCUGGCCGCCGCGGCGUAUCUCCCGCAGGUUACGAGCUUUAGGGUUGAGGUGUAA